AUGGCAAACAAUAGAUUGAAAUUCGACAGCCCCCCGGCUACACUAUCUGAGAAGAUAGAGGCAGAUAAGGAACUGGCCAACUGGAUCACGGCUCUUGGGGGAGGGUUAGAUCCUACAGUCGAAAUCCAUAGAGAUGCUGAAAGAGGGGCAUGUCUCCGAGUCCGAAGCAGCCAGUCACUGGAUUCCUCAACCGUCGUGGCCAGAUGUCCAAUUUCUGCAACCAUGUCGAUACUCAAUGCGAAGAAUUUGGAUCCCAAUCUUCCACCCCAUGACUUCCAUUGUUCUGAUCGAUUGUCUCAAGGAGUCAGAAAGACCAUCAUUCUGGCAUUGUUCGUUGCUCAUCAACAGCUAAAAGAAAAAGGCUCCCACUGGUGGCCAUACCUAGCAACUCUUCCAAGAGCUAGCGAGCUGACAUCGGCUCUCUUCUAUCAUGGCGAUGAUCUUGAAUGGCUGCAAGGUACCAAUUUAUACCAAACCCACCAAGCAUACAUGAAUGCGGUGAAAGAAGAGUACGAUUCAGCAAUAUCUAUUUUACGAGACGAGGGCUGCUUAGCUGCGGAAUUAUACAGCUGGGAUCUCUUCUGCUGGGCAUAUACGGUUAUCGCUUCUCGUGCGUUUACAUCAAGAGUUCUGAGUGUAUAUCUCUCCCGUAAUCCAGCUCUUAAACAGGAUGAAGAAUUCCAAAUCUUGCUUCCUUUGGUUGAUUCCUCUAACCACAAACCAUUGGCAAAAAUUGAAUGGCGAGCAGAGGCUGCUGAAAUAGGCCUAAAAGUGGUCGAACCUAUUGUUUCCGAAGAGGAGAUUCACAAUAAUUACGGACCACUUAACAAUCAACAAUUAAUGACAACGUAUGGGUUCUGCAUUGUUGAUAAUCCAUGUGAUUUCCGAGAUUUAAACGUGAAUGCUCCCCCAGGAACGCCUCUCGCCAACGCUCGACAGUUUCGCUAUCAAGAAUUUCAAGAACCACAGGGAAAAUCCCCGGACAACAAAUGCUUCCUAUUCAAUAUAUUUUACCCCUUCUCCAGCGAACUGUCUACAAUAGAAGAACGUAUAUUCUCCCGUGACUUGCUUGAUGCACUGGGUUUAACCCGUCUAAACACCCGAGAGUCUCAAAAUAUCGAAGUAACGGAAGACCGUACAUAUGCAAAUUUUCAUGAUUCAGGAUCCCGUAUUGUCCUCAAUGCACUGUGCCAGGGUUCGGCCGAGCUUGCAUUUAGGAUUAUCAGGAUUGGACGUGGAGGCUACCUUCAGAAACAGCCGUCAAAUGAUAAACAGAAACUCGCUCAAAUAUACCGAGAAAGCGAAUGGCUAAUUUAUAUGACUGGCCUGGUAGUAUGUGAAUGGGCGAUUACUCGAUCGAGAACAUCAGGUUCUAAUGACAUGGAAACACUACUUGAAAAGCACCUCUCUUAUAUCCCAUCACCCACGGUCCGUGAGCGCCUUAGGAAUGUCAUCAAGGAAUCAAAUUCUAUUGUUCCCCAGCAAGGCGAGCUGUUUCUCGGGAAUGAGAUAUUAGACCUCUUGGAUCCGUCAGAUACGAAAGUGUCUGUCUGUGAAUUCAUCAAUGACAUAUCCCACACCGUUGAUAGCCUUAUUGACCCGUCAAAUCGGCAACUAGGCCCCAAUACCGUGACAUACAUUCUGUUCCUCCUCAUAUGCCUUAGGGCAAGCAAGGCAAUUGUUAGCCCCAUCAGUCCAGGAGAGCAAUUUCACAAUACGUUAGCAGGUAUAUUCCCUAAACGCCUUGAUGAGUAUGUCGUUCAGCUUAUUGAUUGGUAUCCCCUGGAUGAUGAACAAACUAUUGGCGACGUUUUGGAAGAAGAAGUGGAAAAGGAGAUAGCCGUGAUUUCUAAGGCAAUAGAGGAGGCAAAAUCCCGAAAGUCUUAUGGUCUUAUACUAGGUCCAUCCGAUCAAUGGCUAUCCCUAGAUAUGUUGAGAUGGGCAGCAUAUGUGGUGCAAGAAGAGGAGGUUACGGUUUUGAGAAACCCGCUAGAGAUGGUCUCAAAAGGAGCUUCAAAUGAACCUGUUCGCAUGGAUACUGAUAAUUAUUUCUACGUUUCUCAGCUCCCAGCGAGUACCUAG